CUUCCGGUUCACGGGGACUUUAAGUACCGGUAUGCUACUCCUAAUCGCCAUCUAGUGUUUGAAAGAAAUACAGCAAGUAAAUGUUGAAAACAGCAAGUACAUUUCAAAGAGGACAAAGAGGAGUGGUGUUAGCUGGGUAGGGCUUGUUUCACACCAUUUUAGUAGUGGAAUGCAGUGAGAAAUUUGUCAGUCGCAUGUUUGUGUGAUUAAAAUCGAAGAUGCAUUACCUCCCUGUCACUUGGCUAACAUUCUUGAGCAUAUUAUCUCAAGUGUCAGGAGGUAAAGUGCUGGUGUUUCCACUGGACGGAAGUCACUGGGUGAACAUGAAGGUCCUGAUCGAGGAAUUACACUCACGAGGUCACAACGUGACGGUGCUUAGAGCCUCCAACAGCUGGUAUAUCAAGGAGGAGUCUCCUUUCUACACCUCCAUCACGGUUUCUAAUAGCGGUGGCAUUGAAAAGGAAAUGCUUGAUGCAUUUACAAGACAUAUUCUGGUCAUCAGAAGAGAAAAGUUGUCCAUCUGGACUUUCCUCGCAUUGACAUCCGAGGUUGCAAGGGUAUUUGAAGAGAUGCAUUGCAAUCAACUUGCCUUCACUGGAAAAAUAUUUGAAAAUAAAGACUUAAUGGAUUCACUUCAUUCCGCAAAGUAUGACCUUGUUCUGACAGAUCCGGCUUUUGGAGGCGGAUUUUUCCUGGCCCAUCGUCUUGUCCUCCCUCUUGUGCUAAAUGUCCGUUGGACGAUGGAUGGAGAAGCCCAUUACGAAAUAGCCCCUUCACCACUGUCGUAUGUUCCUGUACCUGGAGUAGAGCUGACUGAUAAGAUGACGUUUCCUCAACGAGUGCAGAACGUAAUGGCGUACUUGUUUUUCCUAUAUCACAAAACCAGGUUUAUCUCCUCACACUACCAGGCCUUCUGCAACAAAUACUUUGGAUCAGAAAUCAACUACAAAUACCUUCUUCAGGAUGCUGACAUCUGGCUCAUGAGGAAUGACUUUACCUUUGAGUUUCCAAGACCCACAAUGCCCAAUAUCGUCUAUAUGGGCGGCUUCCAGUGUAAACCUGCCAAGCCUCUUCCAGAUGAUCUUGAGGAGUUUGUGCGGAGCUCAGGAGAUCAUGGAGUCAUCGUCAUGUCUCUAGGAACUCUUUUUAGUCAUCUUCCACAAGACAUCACUGAGGAAAUUGCUGCCGCUUUUGCCAGACUGCCUCAAAAAAUAAUUUGGAGACACACUGGACCUCGACCUGUCAACAUUGGUGAUAAUACCUUACUUGUGGACUGGCUACCCCAAAACGACCUGCUUGGACAUCCUCAAACUAAAGUGUUUGUGGCACAUGGAGGCACCAAUGGAGUUCAGGAAGCCAUCUAUCAUGGGAUUCCCAUUUUGGGUCUACCAUUAGUGUUUGACCAACCUGACAAUCUCUCCAGGAUGCGAGCAAAGGGAACAGCAAAGAUUGUAGAUAUUGCAAUUCUGGACAGGAAUGUGUUUCUCGAGGCAUUAAAGGAGGUUUUGCAUAACCCAUCUUACAGGGAGAACAUGCAGAGACUGUCUAGAUUGCAUCACGACCAGCCAAUGAAACCUCUUGAUCGUGCCGUCUUCUGGAUUGAGUUUGUCAUGAGGAAUAGAGGAGCCCCUCAUUUACGAACACAGUCUUUCAGAAUGUCCUGGAUCAAGUACUACUCUAUAGAUGUUAUUUUGACUCUUUUGAUGAUAUUUAUGCUGUUUUGUUUUGUGAUUUACUCUAUCAUAAAAUAUCUUUGUUGUAAAGUACUAUUUAAAAAGAAGAUUAAAUUUGAGUGAUUGAAUACUUUGCUCAAAUCUCACGACUGAAACGUCUCGAUAUUUUCUUGGAAAGUUGUAAAAUGACACAUGAAACUAUAUGUACAUUUCCAUUUUAAAAUUCGUCUUUUUACCUGUGCCCAUUUAUUCUAGUUUUCUUUAAGAAAUUUAAAUCACAAUGCUAACACAAAUACAUCAUAAUAGUCAUUAGAUGUGAUCUCAAUAUGAUAUAACUGAACUAUUCUGACUAUUCUAAAAAUGGGAAAUAACUUCAAUAAUUUAUCACUAUAAAAUGAUUGAAUCUUCUUGUAUGAUAUGAAGAUAUGAAUGCUGAUGUUUUGAAGAUAGUUGUUUCAUGAUACUUUUAAUUAGGUGGAUUGGUUUUUGUUAAACCAUAGUUUACAAAAUACUUUCUGCAAAAUUCAGAAAUAAAAUAAGCUAUUAUUUUUGCACAAAAACACAUUAUUAACAUUAAAAUGACAUAAUUAAAACAAAUGUUCACCUUUGAAAGUUAUAACUUAGAGUUAAACAAUAAACAUGUUUUCACUAUAGCAUUUUGUAUAACAUUAAUCCCCAGGGAAUGAACGAAAUGCGUUGUAUGUGAUAUAUAUCUAUGACGUGAUAUACGUGCAUUGUCCAGUAGAUGGCAGUAAACUGUCAACAUGAGAACUGUUUGUUUUGACAGGGAAUUUUGUGGCAAUGAAAAACUAGUGUUUAAUAUGUUGAUUAAAAAAGAAUAAUAAACUCUUACUGUUUC